AUGCGGCGGGCCAGGAGCAGCGCGGCCGCCAAGCCACGCGGGCAGAAACGGCCAGGGGCCUCCGGGGCCCCGGCCACCCCCUCGACCCCCGCCACCAGCCGCGCACGGCGCCCCGCAAGCCAGGCCGGAAGCGGCAGCCGCGCGGCGGCGGCGAGGCAACCGUCGGCCAAGAGGCGGCCGCGGGAGUCCCCGCCGCGGGUCCAGGAGGCGGGCCGCGGGGAGCCGCCGCCCGCGCCCGCGCCGCUGCCGCGGCCGCCGACCCCGCCGACCCCGCCGUCCUCGGUGUCCACGCUGGAGCUCGGCGAGCAGCGGGAGCGCUGGGAGACGUUCCAGAAGCGGCAGAGGCUCACCUUCGAGGGCGCCGCCAAGCUCCUGCUGGACACCUUUGAAUACCAGGGCCUGGUGAAACACACAGGAGGCUGCCACUGUGGAGCAGUUCGCUUUGAAGUUUGGGCCUCAGCUGACUUGCAUAUCUUUGAUUGCAACUGCAGCAUUUGCAAGAAGAAGCAGAAUAGACACUUCAUUGUUCCAGCUUCUCGCUUCAAGCUCCUGAAGGGAGCCGAGAGUUUAACCACAUACACGUUCAACACGCACAAAGCGCAGCACACCUUCUGUAAGAAAUGUGGUGUUCAGAGCUUUUACACUCCCCGCUCAAAUCCUGGAGGCUUCGGAAUCGCCCCACACUGCCUGGAUGAGGGCACCGUGCGGAGUGUUGUCAUUGAGGAAUUCAAUGGCAGUAAUUGGGAGAAGGCCAUGAAGGAGCACAAGACCAUUAAGAACAUGUCUAAAGAGUGAAUCCCUGCUUCUCCCUUCCUGAAAAGGAGGAAUGAUUGGGGACAGCAGUUUCUGUCCCCGCUGCACCUUGAUGGUGCUCACGAAUGUGGCUGAACCAGGCUGCCAGUUCCAUGGGCCAGCAGUCACCUCAUUUGCUCCAGCUACCACUUUCUUUAGGCAGCUCUUUGUCCUUCCUUAACCCAGAUUUUGAUGUAGACUUAGUUGACAUCCUUCUUUCUCUUCCCCAACUUUUGUGUGAACUUUUAGAAAAAUAAAUAUUUUUAACAUUAAAGCAGUUAUUAUGGUUUAUCAUUUUCUUUGCAC